AUGGCGACCGACAUCGAGCUGGGCAAUGUCAGGGGCAAGCCCACGGGUGAGGCCCCAGAAGACACAGACUACCGACCCGUCAACUGGAAGCGCCUGUUCCUCACGCCCAAGUACAUCCCAUGGCACAUCAUCGGCAUAGCAGUCCUCGUAUUCACCAUCUACAUCACCGUCCACCACGAUGCCGUUGUCGAGAAACUCCGUCCGUUCUCGGAAAGCCUGCGCGAUCUGCCUGCCGGCUGGCUCAUCCCCAUCGCCAUUCUCUUCGUCAUCUCCUUCCCGCCGCUGUUCGGCCAUGAAAUCGUCGCGUUACUCUGCGGUGUAGUCUGGGGUCUGUGGAUAGGCUUCGCAAUCACCGCAGCCGGUACCUUCCUCGGCGAGAUCGGCACCUGGUUCGCCUUCCUCUACGCCUUCCGCCGCAAAGCCGAAAAGCUCGAGCGCACCAAUCUCAACUACGGCGCCCUCGCCCGCCUCACCCGCGACGGCGGCUUCCUCAUCGUCCUCGUCAUCCGCCUCUCCGCCAUCCCCUCGCACUUCUCCACCGCCGUCUUCGCCACCUGCAACGUCAAGUUCUGGCACUUCUUCGUCGCCACCUUCCUCUCGCUGCCAAAGCAAGUCUUCCUCGUCUACCUCGGCGUGCUCCUCGUCCAGAAGAACGAGUCAAACGUAGCAAAGAACGUCAUGUUCGGCGCCGUCUUUGUCGUCACCGUCAUCCUGGGCAUCUGGAUCUGGAUGAAGAUGGCAAAGGUGAAGAAGGUCCUGUUAGAAGAGCAAGCGCAGCGGCGGGCGGCCAAGUUAGAGGAGGAGAUGCGCAUGGCAGACAAAGAAGCUGAGCAAAGGAGAUUCGAGGUCAGCGAGCCGCAGGCGGCGUAUGCGAUGCCGCAGCAGAUGUCGAUGCCGAGGGUGGCUCCCGGCGAGUACGUCGUGAGGCAAAGCUGGGGGCUGCCGGAGCCGCCGCCUGGACGGGCGUUUUGA